AUGAACGGCUUCACAGCACAACCCAAGCAGAGUCCUUUGCAGGACCUCUUUGACAUCAUCACCAUGUUGCCCACAACAAUCCGCUCUCCCCCGUCUGUUGGGGAUUUUACCCCCAUCGAGGAGCACCAGGCGCAAACUCCCGAGACUUUCUUUGGCGGAAAGCCCGUCCUGCACUUUCAUCUUGAGGGCGCCAAGGCUUGGAUCCCGGCCUCGCAAAAGGGCAACCUGGCUGUCUUCCCAGCUGAUGUCGCGACUACGGCCUCUGCUCCCGAGGGCGCGACGUUGAAGGAGGUCUCUGAGGAGCUGGUGGAGCAGCAGGUUUCCGUCUUCGUCAACUCAGAGAACUUUACGAUUUUCUCCGCGGCGCAAGGCGCCGGCGUCGAGGUUCCCUACCCCUCGAUCUCCAUUCAUGCAGUCAAGCAGGUCGGCACCAUCUCCGAGGGAACCCCGCUCCAGGCCAUCUGGAUGCAGCUGCAGCUUGCCGAUGGCGGUGACGGCGACGACGACUUUGAUACCAUCGACUUGACUCUUGUGCCCGCAGUCACGGCUGGCGCUCAGGUUGAUGUACAGAAGUUCUACGAUGCGAUUUCAGCUUGCUCCGAUCUGCACCCCGACCCCAUCGACGAGGAGGAUGAAGAAGAGGAUGGGCGGAUUGUCUUUGAGGGCGAGCAUGAGCCUGUGGAGGGCUACACUGGAGUCAUGUACGGCGCUCACGAUGGUGGUCUGCCCCCCGCGUUCCCCGGCAGCGGUGGUUGGAUCACAGCGGAGAACGUGCACGAGCACUUCGAUGCCGAUGGCAAUUGGAUCGGUCAGAACGGCGGCGAGGAGGAGGAGGGAGCCGGCGAGCUGGGCGAGGGAGCCGGCCGAGUCCGAGGACACGACGAAGCCAAUGGCGGCGUCAACGGUCAUGACGACCCCGAUAACAAGCGUCCGCGCGUUGACGAGUCAUGA